GAAGACUUGGCAGGGCUGGGUUAUCCGGCACUGGGAAGUGAGGGGGCGGGAGGAGCAGGCGUGACUCAAAGCUUCUGGUUUGGACAGAUGGGAGGACGGUGGCACCACUUGCUGAGCUGAGCUGGGGACUUGAGAGGUUUGGGGGUGGCAAAUUGACAGGGUUCAGGUUUGCACAUGGAGAAGGUGAAGAAACUGGUGACAGCCAUUGGAGGAGGGGAGCCCGGUGGAGCUGUGUUCAAAUCUCUCUUCUCCCACUUGGCUGUGUGGCCUUGGUCAAUGACUUUCCCCCUCCUUGCCUUACUUUUCUCAUCUGUACCCUGGAAUGAUGUGGGUAGUCUGUCCUCAGAGUUCCUGAGGGUGUGGUGAGCAGCCUCCAAGAUACCCAGUGAUCCCCGCCUCCUGGUACUCACGUCCUUGUGUGGUGCCCUCCCACACUGUAAACGGGUUGGUUUGUGAGACUGAGAGACUACACGUAUGUUACUUUGAAGGCUACAUUAUAAAAGACAUCGUGGCUUCAGGCUUUUCUUUCUUAGAGCACUCGCGCUGGGGGCUAACCCAGCUGCCAUGCUGUUGGGAGAGGCUCAGGUGAAGAGGGGCCACUGCUUCCUGCUAAAAACUACCUGAGUCAUCUUGGAAGUGGGUUCUCCAGUGCCGGCCAAGCCUUCCGCUGACUGCAGCCCCAGCUGACAUCUAGACUUUUCCCUGGAACCUGGGCUCCCCAAGACGCAGCGCUGGAGCAGAUGGAUAAUGGAGACUGGGGCUAUAUGAUGACUGACCCAGUCACGUUAAAUGUAGGUGGACACUUGUAUACAACGUCUCUGACCACACUGACGCGUUACCCGGAUUCCAUGCUUGGCGCUAUGUUUGGGGGGGACUUCCCCACAGCUCGAGACCCUCAAGGCAAUUACUUCAUUGAUCGAGAUGGACCUCUUUUCCGAUAUGUUCUCAACUUCUUAAGAACUUCAGAAUUGACCUUACCUUUGGAUUUUAAGGAAUUUGAUCUGCUUCGGAAAGAAGCAGAUUUUUAUCAGAUUGAGCCCUUGAUUCAGUGUCUCAAUGACCCUAAGCCGUUGUAUCCUAUGGAUACUUUUGAAGAGGUUGUGGAAUUAUCUAGCACUCGGAAGCUUUCUAAGUACUCCAAUCCAGUAGCUGUCAUCAUAACCCAAUUAACCAUCACCACCAAGGUCCAUUCCUUACUAGAAGGUAUCUCAAACUAUUUCACGAAGUGGAAUAAGCAUAUGAUGGACACCAGAGAUUGCCAGGUUUCCUUUACUUUUGGACCCUGUGAUUAUCACCAGGAAGUUUCUCUCCGGGUCCACCUGAUGGAAUACAUUACGAAACAAGGUUUCACGAUCCGCAACACUCGAGUGCAUCACAUGAGUGAGCGGGCCAACGAGAACACAGUGGAGCACAACUGGACUUUCUGUAGGCUGGCCCGGAAGACCGAUGACUGAUCUCUAAGCCUGGGAGAAGUUCCUGGAAACUCACUCUCCAGGACAUGGAAGAGACGUUUUUUUUUUUUUUUAAAUCACAGUGUGGGAUUUUUUUUUUUUUUAAUAUUUGUAUUUAUUUGAAGGCAUUGAGGACCAGAAGGAAGUUUUGUGCGUUAGCAGACUCCUCUAUGUUUUGUUCCUUUUACCUUGAGUAUGCAUGUGCCUGUUUGGAGCCUCCAGAUACCUUUUUUAUAAAAAGAAGUAUGAAAAUCAUUAUGGUAUAUAAUCUACUCUUAACAGAGCUUUUUUUAUUACAGUGCUACAAUGAUUUCUGAUUAAAUGGUCCCUAACUCAACUAGAAGGCUAAAAAUGCAGGAAUGAAAGAAUAAACAGAGUAUUCAUGAUGCCUUUGAGAAAAAUCAAAACAUCAUGUAGGGUGACCUAGUUUCCAAACCAAUAAGAAGUAUUGUAAUAUUAAAGGAAAACUGUUCCAAUCAUUUAAAAGUACUUGUUAAGUACUGCUUUUUACAGUUAUGACAACUGUUUCUUUCUAUGCAUAUAAAUCAAGCAACCAAAUAUCUGUAGCCAUGGAAAUGUCUGACUAGAAAUAUUUAUAUUGGAUUCUGAAUACAAAAUGUCCCUGUGGUAGAACUCUUACUUCUUAUGCCUGGUGCAGUAUAAUUCCCAAGUGUACUGUCUACCAGAAGAAAAAAAAAACUAAUAAAAAAUGAAAUAUGAAAAUUAGGUUUGUAUUUGUUGAUUAUUAUUACUUAUGGGGGGGACAUCAUAUUUCUUGCCUAAAGUAUGUAUUGUUUGGUUUAUGUCCCAGUAUAUCCUGCUUAUAACACCUUUGUAUUUGACUCCAGAGGACUCAGUAGAACCUGAGGAGGCAGUUUAUAGAAUCUGCCGUGUUACUGGAGCAGGAAUGGAUGGAAUUAAUCAUCUUGUCUAAAAGAGUGCAUAUUCAAACAGGGAAUCAAACACUUUGAUAAUUUUUUUUUUUCAAAUAGGACUUACGUUGAAGAUUUUUCUUCAGGAAGCCACUAAUUGUCAGCACUGAAUAUGACCCUUUUGCUAGCUUUGCACUGAGCACAGGGACAAGCUGGCUCUUUACUUUUUUCUCACAAUAUUAUGGUGGCCCACAAAUAUAUUUUAUUAUUAUAGUUAAGUCUGUUUCUGAGGAGAAAAACUAAAACUGCAGUGAGUGAAGGCUCUGGAACAGUUGGAGAUACAUAUGUACUUUAUUUUACUGUGGUCUUUAUUUUGAAUAGUUGCUUUGAUUCUCUUUCUUGGAAGUUAUAGGAAGGAUUAUGUUAGCUAUAGUGAGACUUCCUAGUUGCUGGAAUACUUUAUAAAGUAAGUCAUGUAAUUUCUUCCCUGUUUUCUAAGGGAAGAGUGGAGUUUUGAGGCUGUGUGCCCUUUCCUUUUCUACAUGAGAGAAUUCUGAAAUUCUGUCUCUGAAAGGAGGAUGAGAACACUUACCUAUAUCCAUUUUUGCCCAUGUCUCUCUGAAAAUUUAAGAUUUGACAAAUGACCAAUAUCUAGAAACCUGUAAUUACCCUGUUUUUACCAUCUUCAACUAAACCAUCUUCAGCCGUCUUCAAACUAAAAUCCUAUCAUACUAUUGGCAGGUUGCUGUGGUUUCAUUAAAUGGUGCUGGUGUGAGGUUAUCUUUUUAGAAAAUUGUCUAAUACUUCAAAUUGAUUAGAGAUUACCCCCCUCCUCCAAAAAAACAUCCAGCCACUUAUGUGUUGUUGAAUUGGCAGAGAUAGAAGCAAGACAGAAAAAAAAAAAAAGAA